AUGAGUGAUGAAUUCAAUACUGCCAGACGCAGUUUCCGACCCGGUGAGGAUCACCUUUGGACAUCGCUCGAGAAACCGGACGGUGUUAAUGGGGCGCUUGAAAUUUAUUCGCACAACAUGACGUCCACAAAGUGCGACAAAGACGGGAGCUGCUACUUUUACAUUGAAGCAGCUGAUGAGAAAACCAACCUCACCGUGUAUAAUGCGUACCUUAAACCACCAGCUUAUGAGAACGUGACGUUUUACUACCGAGCUGCGAUGGUCCAGUCGUGGAAUAAAUUCUGUUACCAGGGUGGACUUAUCGAAGUCCGGGCACAAUUGCCAGGCGCGGUAUCGAAGAAUUCUGGAAAUCCGGAUCUCGUUCAAGGUCCAUCUGGACGAGUAGCAAGCGGAAAAUAUUACCCCACUUGGCCAGGGAUAUGGAUGAUGGGCAAUCUAGGUCGGGCUAUUUUCUCAGCUUCGACGAGUCGGAUGUGGCCAUUCUCCUAUAACAAGUGCGAGCCGAAGCUCUUUAACCCGAAGAACCAACGCAUUAGUGCCUGUGAUGACGAUCCAGGCUACGGUCUCCGCAAGAAUCAGGGGCGAGGGGCACCUGAAAUCGAUAUCUUGGAAGGAGGAGGAGCAGCAAUUUCGACGUCAUUGCAGGUUGCGCCUGGCAUGCCGAACGAUUUCCGACUUUUUCCUGCAGACCCGAAGCACGACGGACAAGACAUGGUCUGCGUCUUCAAGUAUAGUUGCAAGACUCCUGGUGCAAACUUUAUCGACGUGCCCACGAAGUACUACGCGAAACAGCGCGGUCACAAAUCAUGGUAUCAAGGUCUUCGAUAUGCUGCCAAUAACUUUUGCCUGUCUUCAACCGAAGCAACACAGGAUGCCAGCACGAUUAAGGCGGCGAUCAAAGCUGGCAUUACCGACAACAAUUGCACGGCCAGCACGUGUCCAGCGUCAUUUGAUACGAAUAGUGACCUGAAGGCGAUCGAUGGUGUCGGCAACACUUUCUGGGGAAUCAAUACAAACGGCACGUGCUAUCCAGUCAUGAACUCGUACACGGGCGCAUACUUGUGCGAUCCAGAUAACACAAACAAGAACUGCCUUGAACCCCGCAACUCAACGACCCCGAAAACAAACUCCAUGGAACCAUUCGAUUACCAAAUAGAUGCGAUCUCAGCAAAUUGGCCCGUGCACGUCGGUGUGUACACAAACUACCUUAUCUACCAGAUCGAAUGGGUCACUGGACAGAAUGGAUACGUACGCUGGAUGCUGGCCGGUCAGCCUCUUUUUGAAGUCACCGCCGAGUCCUUAGUGCUUGUCCCGCAGAAUGCCAAGAAAAACAACCCACAAAAGCUCAUGCUCGAGGAGCCAAUGUCCAUUAUUUUCAAUGUGGCAUUAUCCCGUUCUUGGAGUGCGGUGCCUCCAAAUCCUGGAAGCGAAUGCCGUGGUGACGGUAGUGAUGAGACGGUCAACAAAAUUUGCGACGAGUUCCCAAUGUUCAUGAAAGUUGACUACAUCCGAUUGUAUCAAGACCCGAAGGGAAAUCGUGGACCUGAUGAUUACAUGCAGCUCGGGUGCGACCCAAAGAGUCAUCCAACAAGAGAAUGGAUUCAAGGCCACUUGGAAGAGUAUGAAGAUACAGACAAUCCAUGGAAAGACGUGACGGGCAAAGCUUUUUGUACAACGGAUGGUGACUGUACUAUCGAUCGCAAUGGCACCCAAAAGCUGGUCACCGGCAAAUGCUUGAAAUCACGAUGCACGUGCUUGUAUCCGACUUCGUGGGGUGGACCGCGGUGCACCUUUGCUUUUGCUGGCGGUCUCAAUAGCACCACUUUUGCCACGCAGCACACGUACGGCCCCCCAAUGGAGAUCUCAGUUAUUGUGGCACUUCUCAUACUCAUGUCGACCAUUAUUGCAGCCUGCAUGUCCAUUCGUACGCUCAAGAAACAGGCAGAUGAAGCCAUUAUAGCCGCAGAAGUAAAGAAACUGGAGCAACCGAGACCAUCAUAUCCGACUCGUAUGUAUUCGUCAGUAUACGAGUACGACACGUCACAGCCGAAAGAUAACUAUAGCCAGAAUUUCCUGUAG